UUAUCUCUGCCUUCAGCUGGUGGGUGGGGAGAGGCAGAUCCAAGGGGACUUCUCAGCUCUCUAACUAGACCGCUCAGAAGUUGUUCGACUUCAGUGCAGGUCAACAGCACCAGACCUUGGCACCCCACAAUGGCCUCAAUCCUCCAGUGCUGCCCUUUCCUGACCCGGGACCCGGCCAACUUCCUGCGCCGAUGUCGGCCCCUGCUGGUCAGCAGUGCCCAGCGCUGCCCUGUGAUGGUGGCCCGAGCCUUCUCUCGUUCUCAUACUGACCAGCAGCACGGAAAAGAGACCCAUGGAGAAACUGGCUCCACCACGCAGAGGGCGCCCCUGCUUCUCCCCUCCACACAGUGUCCUUUCAUGGAGUCAGAGCGCAAAAGCGGCCAGAAUUCGUUUGUGCAGGAGGCAAAACCUGAGGUCCAGGAAGACGUCAGGCCUUUCAAGUCAGGUAUGUGGACUUCCCUAGUAAGGGAGGUGCAGUCCAGCCUCAAGAGGAAGUUGCUCGAUUCUGACAAAGCGUCACACCUCAUUCGGGACAACAUGCCAGCCGGGGGCAAAGUGUUUGAGUACGACCAUUUCUUUGAGGCAAAGAUCCAAGCGAAGAAGCAAGAUCACACCUACCGGGUCUUCAAGACAGUGAAUCGUCGGGCUGACGCCUAUCCCUUUGCUGAGGACUAUUCUGGCUCGCAGGUGGAGGCCCGUGAGGUGUCAGUCUGGUGCAGUAAUGACUACCUGGGAAUGAGCCGCCACCCUCGAGUGAUGAAGGCCAUCCGGGAUACUCUGGAUCUUUAUGGAGCUGGGGCUGGAGGCACCAGGAACAUUUCUGGCACCAGUAAGUUCCACGUGGAGCUGGAGCAAGAACUGGCCAGCCUGCACAGCAAAGACGCUGCCCUGCUCUUCUCUUCUUGCUAUGUGGCCAAUGACUCCACCCUCUUCACUUUGGCCCGCAUGAUGCCAGGGUGUGAGAUCUAUUCAGACGCAGGCAACCAUGCCUCCAUGAUCCAGGGCAUCCGAAACAGUGGAGCACCGAAGUAUGUCUUCCGGCAUAAUGACCCCCAACACCUGGAAGAGCUCCUGAGCAAAGCCAAUGCCAACACCCCAAAGAUUGUUGCCUUUGAGACUGUCCAUUCCAUGGAUGGUGCCAUCUGCCCACUGGAGGAAAUGUGUGAUGUGGCACACCGCUAUGGAGCCAUCACUUUCGUGGAUGAGGUUCACGCAGUGGGACUUUACGGGGCCCACGGGGCGGGCAUUGGUGAACGCGACGGAGUGAUGGGCAAGAUAGAUAUCGUCUCUGGCACCCUGGGGAAGGCUUUCGGCUGUGUGGGUGGCUAUGUGGCCAGCACCAAGUCUCUGAUCGACACAGUGCGCUCCUAUGCGGCGGGAUUCAUCUUCACCACCUCCUUGCCCCCCAUGGUGCUGGCUGGGGCCCUGGAAUCGGUCCGGGUCUUGAAGAGCCCCGAGGGGCAGGCCCUGCGCCGCUCCCACCAGCGCAAUGUCAAACACAUGCGCCAGCUGCUGAUGGACGCCGGGCUCCCUGUGGUCAGCUGCCCCAGUCACAUCAUCCCCAUACGGGUUGGAGACGCAGCCCUGAAUUCUCACCUCUGUGACCUGCUUCUGGGUGAAUACAACAUCUACGUCCAAGCCAUCAAUUACCCUACUGUGCCUCGGGGGGAGGAGCUGCUGCGGCUGGCCCCCUCGCCCCAUCACACGCCACCCAUGAUGGAUUACUUUGUGGAGAAGCUGCUGGCAGCCUGGCAGGAGGUAGGGCUGCCUCUGCAGGCCAGUGUCUCCCCCGAGUGCAACUUCUGCCGCCGCCCGCUCCAUUUUGCCCUCAUGAGCGAGUGGGAAAGGGAUUACUUCGGCAACAUGGGGCCCCGCUACAUCACUCUCUGUGCCUGAGGAGCCGGCCUCUGCACGCACACACACAGCCUUACAGGAAGAGAGACGAAGAUGUCAACAAUGAUGCUGGCAAUGGAAAGAGGGUAUCCGAGUGUAAUAAAAAAUCUGUCACUUUG